AUGACGCGACACGAGCUGGAGAAGCUAGACAUCUCCGACUUAGCUUCCAUCUGCAAAGCCUUCAUCAUCAAACAUACUAUCGCUCAGGCCUCGAUCCUUAAUCUACACAGUUCUCUCCGACAACUGAUGACGCAACCGGGUUCCCGACCAAACAGUCAUCAGCCGGACCUUUGUGUCGGCAUAGAUUUCGGGAGUACGCAUACAGGUGUCUCUUGGAACACCCCAAAGGAGGAGAGCAAAAAAAUCAAUAUCAUCAAUCAGUGGCCUGGAGAGGCUCGGCGUAGAGACAAGGUCCCGAGUGUUCUCGCCAAAGAUGUCAGUGGAGGGGAGACGAGAUGGGGUUUUCUCUGCGAAGAGUUGGCUGAAGACAAAAAAUGGGGGUUCUUCAAGCUGCUCCUGGACCCGAAGCUGCACAGAAACGAGUUGACAGAUACCGAGCCUUCGUCUUGGGUGCCAAGGACGACAGAUAAGUUACACGAGCUUGUGACACUGUAUCUGCGUCGGGUCUACACCCACAUCAGUAACGAGAUUCCCAAGAUUAUCAAGACCGAUCCUUCCUUAAGUCAACAGCUCAAGCUCAAGACCUGGGACUCCUUGACAAUCGAUUUCAUAUUCAGCACCCCAAUGACAUGGUUAGCCCCUGCCAGCCACUGCUUCAGAGGCAUAGUCUCCAAAGCAGGCUUUGGCGAGCAGAAACUCCACAGAGUUAUGCUAGGGCCAACGGAAGCUGAGGCUGCUGUGGUUUUCACAUGUCAACCGAAGACGGUCGGCAAAGUCCAGAAGGGCGAUGUCGUCCUCUCGAUCGAUGCAGGAGGAGGAACAACCGGCAUUGCCUUCCUCAAGGCAACAGCCGACACAACUAACUCACUCACCUUAGAGACAAUACAUCCCGUCACCGGUAUGGGCGUUAGUUCCAUGGGAAUCGACUACGAGUUCGAGGAUCUGAUCGAAGAUCGGAUCAAGAAGCACCCCAAAGCUUGA